UGCACGUCAAAUGGUCAGUAGGGGGCGCGCUUCGCAGACAGCGUCCCAUAUUACCAUCAAGGCCACGAAGCCCUUCACUUCCUGGUUCUGCGGGUGUUUGCCUGGACGGAGAGUGCACUGCACGGCGGCAGCUAUGUCAGCACCUGCUAUGGGGAUCAGCAAAACGGCCCAGACCGAUGUGUCCGCCAAGAAGAAGAGAGGACCAGGCGCGCUGGCGACGGCCUAUCUGGUUAUUUAUAACGUCGUUAUGACAGCUGGGUGGCUGGUUAUAGCCGUGGGCCUGGUCAGAGCUUACCUGGCCAGAGGCAGCUACCAUGGCCUCUACUACUCCAUAGAGAAGCCUCUAAAGUUUUUUCAGACUGGAGCUGUUCUAGAGAUACUGCACUGUGCUGUAGGAAUUGUGCCGUCUUCAGUGGUCCUCACUGGCUUUCAGGUCAUGUCCCGGGUCUUCCUCACCUGGGCCGUCACACACAGUGUCAGAGAGGUGCAGAGUGAGGACAGCGUGCUACUGUUUGUAACAGCUUGGACUAUCACAGAAAUCAUCCGCUACUCUUUUUAUACUUUCAGUCUUCUGAAUCACCUGCCCUACCUCAUCAAAUGGGCAAGGUACACUUUUUUCAUCGUUCUGUAUCCUAUGGGAGUGACCGGGGAGCUGCUGACCAUCUAUGCGGCGCUACCAUACGUGCAGAAGACGGGUCUGUAUUCUGUCACCCUCCCCAACAAGUACAACUUCUCCUUCGACUACCACGCCUUCCUCAUCCUCACCAUGAUCUCCUACAUUCCCCUCUUCCCCCAGCUCUACUUUCACAUGUUGCGGCAGAGGAAGAAAGUGCUGGGUCAUGUGGAGGACUACAGCAAAGUGGAGUGAGCUGAAUAACAGACAAGACUGGUCUGAGCAAGAAAGAGGGUGGUGGGGGGGAAAAGAAAAGGAAGGAGGAAGACCUUUUUCUGAAAACAAAUGCGUUAUCUGCCUGGCCAUGAAACUACGUCUGCCUGUUGAACACCCCCGCCCGACUCCAGCUUCUAAAUCAGCAGAGCUAGCCUGACACACGAUUGAAGAGAUCCUAAUAACGUUUUGUUUCGUUUCUUUUUCUUUAUUCCUAGUUAAUUGUUCCUUUUGUAUGUUUUUUUUUCCUGAGCGUGCGUGUAUGUGUGUGUGCGUGUGCGUGUGUGUAUGCGGGGGCUGCCUUUACAUAGGUGACAUAGACACUGAUCGACUGUACCAUGUGAUCAGACAGGUGUGUUUUGUUGUAUUUUUAAUUGUGAACAGCCUAUGUUUAUAGUCUUGCAUACUCAGAUAGCUCAAGGCGGUACCAGAACUGUAUGAACGGGGUACGGCUGAGUCCCCCCCCAAUUAUAACACUGAGUGAAACCCUGUCAUGAUGUCACUGCAGAUCAGAUAAUUUGAGUGGAUUGCACUGAUACAACUGAUACCUAACAGCACUGUAGGAAACAGAUGACGGAUGUCUCACCUCCCCGUGGCCCAUUCUAUGUAUUCUCUUGAGUAGUAGUUGUCAUCAUUUUGUCAUAAAGUAGGAAGGGUCAUCCCUGCACUACAGGAAGUCAGACCAUCUACAGGGUCUGGGUCUUUGGUUGUGCGAACACCGGCCGAGAGUCUAUUUAUUAUGGUAGUUUGAAGCCAUCGAUUAGUUUUUUUAUUUAUGAUUUGCAAAAACAAAUUUUGGCUACAUUCCCUGUUUAGUUUAAUAAAGCUGUUUCAUACUGUG